AUGUAUAAGAUGGACUACUCGUACCUCAACACCUACGACUCGUGCAUGGCCGCCAUGGAGGCCUCGGCUGCCUACGCGGACUUUAGCUCGUGCAGCCAGGCCAACGGCUUUCAGUACGGCAACCCCAUACGGACCAGCUUCGCGCCCAACCCCGCGUGCGCCCCUCUCACCUCCGCCAGCUGCACGCUAGGCGCACUCCGCGACCACCAGCCCACGCCGUACUCCACAGUGCCAUACAAGUUUUUCUCGGACCCCUCCGGUCUGAACGAGAAGAGGAAGCAGCGGCGCAUUCGGACGACCUUCACGAGCUCCCAGCUAAAGGAAUUGGAGCGCGUGUUCGCCGAGACGCACUAUCCCGACAUCUACACGCGCGAAGAGCUCGCGCUCAAGAUCGACCUCACCGAAGCUCGUGUACAGGUGUGGUUCCAGAACAGAAGGGCAAAGUUCCGGAAGCAGGAGCGAGCCGCCAACUCCAAGGCCUCUGGAGGCGGAGCCAACGGCACCAAAAAGGGCGUGUCCAGCUCGGACACCCGCGGCGGCCCCUCCUCCUCCGAUGACGACGAGUCAAAGGAGUCCUGCUGCAGCCCCACCCCUCCCGACAGUACCGCCUCUCUGCCAGGCGGGGGCAGCAGUAGCCUGAGCCUCAGCCCUCCACCAGGCCCAGGCCCCACCUCCGGCACCGCCCAGUCACUCUCCCAGGUCCUAAAGCCCGCCUCUUCCAUCUCCUCCACCUGGCCACCUCUCAGCCCUGUCCACACCAUCAGCAUAAGUCCCUCCCACAGCAACAUAAGCCCCUCCCACAACCCCAUGAGCUCCUCCCCUCACUCCCAGAGCCAGGAGCUGCUGAAGGUGUGGGGUGGGGGGGGGGGGGGAGGGGUUGGGUCGGGAUUGGGGGCGGGGCAAGGGUUAGGGGCGGGGCCAUUUGCCGGGGUGCUCUCCACGUUCCAGCGGAAACCCAACGCUCUCAAAGCCAACAUGUUCUAG